UGAAUCCCAAACAUCACAGUUGUUUUUCGAGCUUACCUAUGUUCUCUUUUAAUUCCAGCUCCAAACCUUGAAUAAAAUAGUGCAGGUCUUUGUAUCAAUUACCAGGCUAUGCCAUUACCGCUGAACAAAAAGGCUCAUUGCUUGUUUCCGAAAUUGUGGAGAGACGCGGAAGCAACUGGUUUCAGAGAUGUGAUACAAGCCCUGUACCUGCAUACCUGCCUCACUUUUCAUCAACUUGACUGGGGAGGUGGAGAGCGGCCCGAUCUUGAUGGCUCGACAAGGCACACAAGUAGCGCGUACACAUUCUGGAAGCCCUGCCUAAAAUACUCGACCGGCGAUCUGAUCAGG